AUGGAAAGGAUCCGCGAUGUUCAUCAUCUUGAUUAUACCCCACGCCCGUGUGACCAUUUCGACUUGAUCGGGGGUACAAGCACUGGAGGGAUCAUCGCUAUUAUGCUGGGUCGGCUGGGAAUGACCGUGGAUGAAUGCAUUCGAGCAUACCGAAAGGUCGCGGAGCGUGCUUUUACUCGCAAGGCACAUGCCAUUAUUCCAGCACGGCCCAGGGGAGCUUUCUCUGCGCGCGCACUGCAGGAGGCUAUCAAACAGGUAGUUCGGGAGUUCUGCACAGAAAAAGAAUGCGUGGAACGUCGGCGCAAUGGUCUCUCUAUAACUGACUGUCAACACUCUGAUCUACCGUUUCGUGAGCAGACAUGCACCAAAACGGUUGUUCUUGCGGUUACGAAAGUGAAUAUUGACGCGGGACCUACGCUCUUUCGCACAUACGACAAAUCCACUGCGCUUGAUGGCUGCGCUAUUUGGGAAGUUGCCCGCGCUACCUCAGCUGCAUCCACGCUCUUCAAGUCAAUUAGACUUGGUCGAGACAACAUCGAGUACAUUGAUGCAGGAUUCGGCUAUAACAACCCAUGCGAACAGCUUAUUGCAGAAGCUAAGAAGGUGUUCCCUGGACGUAGCGAUAUGCAGACUCUGAGUAUCGGAACCGGCAUUGGAGAUGUGGUCGGCAUAAAAAAUGGGCGCCUGUCAAUCAUUGGUGCACUGAAGAGGAUGACUACGUCCCCCAACAGGGUAAACACCAACAUGGAAGACUACCAUGGCGACAGCGGCCAGUAUUUUCGAUUCAAUGUGCAACAUGGCCUUGGAGAUAUCUCUUUGUCAGACUGGAAGCAGGCUAGCAGGAUAUCUGCAUACACAAGCAUUUAUCUCUCCGAGAAGUCCAAGGAUAUCGAGAAAUAUGUGAAGACGUAUGGGGCAAGGAGUCAACAAAAUGAGCUGAAUGAACCUCAGUUUACGAAGAUUCUAAUAGUCGACCCUGUUCAAAAAGUUGACGUGGUUCUAGGCAAGCUAAAGGCCUACCAUAUGAUCCCCUUUGUUGCAAAUGAAGACUUCACUGGACGUGAGAUUGUACUAAGCAGGCUGCAAGAAAGGCUCUUUCUUCAAAAGACCGCCCGUAAAGUGGCCUUGUACGGAAUCGGAGGCAUUGGCAAAACCCAGGUUGCCUUGCACUUUGCCUAUUGGGUAAAGAACAACAUGCCACAGUAUUCAAUAUUUUGGAUCCCGGCAUUCAGCGAAGCCAGCUUUGAGCAAGCGUGUACGGGUAUUGUGAGAGACAUUGGUAUCCAGAGAAUAAAGCAAGAUGAAAACGAUAUGGAGAUGGUUCGUCGGUAUCUUAGCUCCAAGGAAGCUGGGCCGUGGCUCUUCAUUGUGGACAAUGCAGACGAUUACGACAUAUUAUUUGGAAGCGACGGUGUGCGAGGUCGGCUUUGCAAAUACUUUCCAGCUAGUGACACCGGCGUUAUCUUGCUUACCACCCGGUUCAGUCGGGUGGCGGAAUGUUUCACGUCACAGAGAGAUACAAUCCAACUCUUGCCAAUGGAAGCAAAUGAAGCGAUUGCUUUGUUCGAGAAACUCGUGGCAAAUACUCUCAUCCACAGUCGAAAGAUGACAGAAAAGCUACUCGAAGAGCUCAGCUGGCUGCCUUUGGCUAUCAAGCAGGCAGCUUCCUACAUUGAAUUCACCAAUGUAUCAGUUUCACGUUAUCUCGAUCUUAUGCAUGGUACAGACGAAGACAAAGAAACCCCCGCGAGUUGUCAUUUUCAUGAUGAUACUCGCUACCCGCAGCUGCAGAAUUCUAUUGCUCAAAUAUGGCGUAUCUCAUUCGAAAAGAUCAAAAGGUCAGAUCCUAUCGCCGCUGAUAUACUGCAGUUCAUGUCUUGCAUUGCGCCGAAAGCCAUUCCACGGUCUCUCCUGCCUUUGUACAAAUCGGAAGCGCAAACUGAAUCCGCAAUCAAUACGCUAUGUGAAUAUGCAUUGGUGACCAGAGGGACAGAUGGAGUCACGCUUGAAAUUCACGAUAUAGUUCAGCUCGCAACGCUAUGGUGGAUUGACCAAAAAGGCGAAGCGUUAGAGACAACCAGGAAGGUCACGCAGCGUAUGGUCAAGACAUUCUCACCGCGGGGCCAGACCAAUGAACAUACGAGGAGGGCGUACGUACCUCAUGCUCUUGAACUUCUUCGUAAGACAGAGGGUCGAGAUAUACACGAACGGUAUGAGCUCAUCUUAAAAGUUGUGUCCUGCCUCAUAGAUGAUGGUAGGGUGGAAACGGCCAUGGAAUUACUGAAGGAAAAGGCCAAAUGGGACCAAACCCGCCAUUGUGAAGAACAUCCCUCUGGGCUGAGACCUCAAACAUUUCUCACUGGGGCAUAUGCAGCAGAUGGGCAGACAGAAAAGGCCAUGAAGCUGAGCGAGUAUAUCGCCCCGGCGAAAGAGAGAGGAAUGCAAGAAGCUCACUCUGAGCAAGUGCUUCCAGAAUGGUUUGGAGCGCAGACGAGCAAGCUCAGAAAGCAGCAGAGCUCUUCGGAUAUUUUGGCGAGACGGAAUUAUCUGAGACAGCAGAGAAAUCAGUCAGCAAAGCGCGCCCUAACCUACGAGAGUGUCAGCCUCAACUCGAAAUACCUUGUGGACAGCUCGGGAGAUUACGCGGGCGAGAGAGUCACUCAGGCAUGUGGUUAUGAUCGGGCAGAGACAUUCCGCCCAAGAGGGAUUCAUCUCUACUAG